UAUACGCAAUUUGUCACAACAACAGAAACGGUGUCUCUCAAGUUUCAAGACGGAGUAUUUGAGCAGAGAACAAUGUUUACGUAUAUCUGGGAGUACUUUUACAGGAAUUUCUUCAGAUUUUGGCUGAAGUGGGUAUUAAGACUGAUUACAGGAAAAUGUGAACUACAGCGGAUCUGUGAUAGCUCAGUGCAAGGAGCAGAGCGCACUUCCAGAAUAGAAUUUUCACUGAAAUCUUCACGUAAUAAGGAUUUACAAAAGACAUUAGAUCCUGAUGUGGACAAAAUAGAGACAGCAGUAACUCGUAUUACACAAGAGAAAAAAAUAAAUUUCCAGAAGUAUCCGCACUUUAAAUCAGAUAUUCAGGUGUGUUUGCUUCAGAUAAGAGGUUAUAAGAAGCUAUAUUUAGAUGUGGAAAAUAUACGCAAGCAACCAUAUGAUGCUGAUAACAAAGAGCAUGAGGACCAGUUGUUGAAGCUGUGGAAUUUGUUGAUGCCUCAGGAGAUUCUCAAGAGUCGAAUAACCAAGCAGUGGGGUGCAAUUGGUUUUCAAGGUGAUGACCCAAAAACUGACUUUAGAGGCAUGGGCAUAUUGGGAUUGCAUAAUCUUAUGUUCUUUUCAGCAAGCCAUUUAGAUAGUGUACGUUUAGUAAUUAGUUGUUGAAAUCACCCAGUUUUAGGAUAUUCUUAUGCCAUUGUUGGAAUAAAUUUAACUGAAAUGGCUUACAGUUUGCUAAAAAGUGGAGCACUGAAGUUCCAUAUGUACAACGUGGUUCAAGGAAUUCCUCAUUUAGAACAUUUCUGUCAAUUUUACUGUUAUCUGGUGUAUGAAUUUGAUAAGUUUUGGAUUGAAGAAAAGCCAGAAACCAUUAUGGAGUUUAAUCGUUACAGAGAGAAGUUUCAUGAAAAAGUGAAAGACCUUUUGAAAAACUACAACGUUGCACUUAGUCUUGACAUUAAGGAACAGUAAUUUAAUUAUUCAUUGUCUCCAUUGUGACAGCAUUUAUGCCCUAAAGUGGACCUUUGGGAACCUUUCAGAUCAGCACUUAAAUCAUGUUGCUUACUUGAAGACACUACAGCAACUUUUUUCCACAUGCUGUGAAACAGUAUUCAUUGCAGGACUAAACAAUGAUAGUGCACAAAAAAAUGGUAUUGUAAAGGUUUUUCAGAACAUUCAUUUAGAAAGUGAAUUAGGACUCUGGAAUGCUUUAUACAAUAUGAGGAUGUGGCAUUGUGAGUACUUCAUUGUUGACUUUCUCUGGUUAUACAGAUGGUCUGAUGUUUCAUAUGUGUUCUGAAUUUAAACAGGAAAAUGAUUUCUUGGAAGGUUGUCUCCCUGUACUGUCCUGAUCAUUUAUUGUCUAUGGAUGUGUCUAACAAGGAAGUUAUAAGACCAUGCAGAACUAAGAUUUUCAAGAGCAGUUUGCAAUGACUUGAAUGUUGUACAUGUGCACUGCAGGGUGUCAGAACUUGUGCCAAGUAGUCUGUCCUUACAGCAGAUCCUUUCGGUGAACCUUAAUUAUCUUAACUUAUUCUUUCUUGGCAUGUGAUGUUCUUAUUUGUUGAAUUUGCUUAUUUACUGAGAAACCACUCUUCAAAUAGUAUGACAGCACUGCUAUUUUUUGGCAUUAUUAUUUUAUUUGUUCUUUCUUUUUAACAAGUCAUAUGUAUGUUUUAUCUUUUGCAAUGGUUAUUCACACCCUUUCUAGAAGUAAGGCUGAUAGUGAUUAUAUGUAGUCAUUAAUGGAUUGAUUUUCUGACACUGGAGGCAGACCUAAUCCACUGUUUUCAAGCAGUUUAUUUGCCAAGAUGUAGUCGUCUUUGUGACAUGAGAUUGUGUGCUCAGAUGUCUUAACAUUGCUCAGUUUGGAGGUCUGCUUUCCAAUUAGAGUUGGAAGAUUUGGUAACUUUCUGCUUCUCCUCAGGUGAUGUCUGAGACAUCAGCUGGAUUUCUUCAGCCAUAACUAGCUAUCAAGCAGUGCACACUAUGUCUGCCCCCGAUAACUACAGUUCCUGAUUUCAGUGCUUUUAAUUUUUCAGGCAAGAUCUGAAAUGCCCUGUCUGUAUUAGUGUACACCCCAGACUCCAGAGAAAUUCAGCCCAGUAUGUAGUCUGUAUCUAGCAUUCCAAAACAGUAGUAUUUACUUUCAUUAAGGAAACACAUAUUUCAUUGUAUGUGAUCCAGUUCAAGUCAUUGUCUUUAACACUCAGCAUUACAUUUUCAUCUUUUCUGCUGUCUCCUGUUAAAAGUAGAAGCUUUUUCUGCAGCUCUGGAGUCGAAGUAGGACUUUGGAUCACAACAAAGGCUUUACAAGCUCUUUUAUUAUCAAAUGAGAUUAGUGGUACUAGGAAGCAGUUUAUCUUAUAUGUCAGACUUCUCAAGAGGUACAUUUGCUGACUGAAGCUAAAUAUAGUCUGCAUUGGAGAUUCUGUGCCACUUUUUGUUAAUGUGGCUAGGCUAUAUUUUUAUAGUUUGUAGGAGGCUUUCAGCACAAUUAUGACAUACCAACCACUAUUACAAAGCCACUUAGUGGCUCUGGAUGAUAUUUGGCUUUCUUUCUCAAAGUAUGUUUGUAUAGACAGUCAUAAUGUUUGCAACAGUCAGAAGGCUGCGAAUCCAGAUAGUCUACAAGGAUGAAUGGCUCCCAUCCUUUUUUUCUAGCUCAGCAAAGAUCGUGAGUAGCCUCUGUCAAGCACAUUUUUGAUUUCAGUGGCAUAAUACAUCAGGUCCCCUGCAACACAUUUCUCAUCAUUCAUAGUCAUGGCCAUGUCAUGCUUUGAGAGUUUAUGGACAGUUUGUUUUUUAUGGAUGCAAAUGUUCUUCCUUCUUGUUUUACUAAAGUGUUUCUUCUACUUCUCCUUCUUCACUUCUGGAUGUUUCACUGCAAGGAUUUAAAAAAAGUGAUGGUCAGCAUUAGAUAUAUGUAGCCUGAGUUAUUUAGGUCUUUCACCACUGCAACCAUCCAGCUUUCAGAGCUUCCACAUUUUCUGUCAGGCAGUCAAGAAUAGGUCCAUUUAAAAAGACAGAACGCCAAAGGUUCAGACCUUUCUUGCCACUGAAGUCCACUCCUUUGGUGGGUGCUGUGGAACUGUCUGUCAGCUAGUGAUCCUUCACGGCUGAGCAGAUAAAUCCACCGUUGGAGAAAACCUUCCACCAAAUUUAAUGAUCUCAGGAAAACUUCUGUUUUUCUGAGUAGAUUAUUGUGUUUUAGUAGGAAGCAGUGUUUUGGACUGUCGCUGAUGUUCAAAGGGACUUUUGUGUGCGAAUGCUUCUGUGAACAUUCUGUGUAAAAUAUUUUAGUUUUUUAUAUUAUUUUCGUGCAGGUUUUAUAGUUUUGUGUACUAGAGGCAGGGUAUUUUGCUUCUGGGGAACUGUAAGUGUUUUACUUAUCUUAGAACCAGUUUUUCUCUACGUAACAUUUUACCAAGUUUUUCAGGCAUUACUGUCCAUCUUCAGAGCUUCUUUUCCAUCUUAACCCAUGGAGCAGCUCCUGUUGCACAGCAAAUGUGUUAUGAUUUGUUAUAGUUGGAUAUAUCAAAGUUUGCAGUUGUUUUGCUGUUUUGUCUGCUUUAUGCUUGCAGUUUGCCUGGCAACCAACCUACUGCUCCUCGGAAGUCUGAUUAAACAGGGUACCCCAGACUCAUAAGCAUGUUUUCUAAACCUAAAGUAGACCCUGCAGUGGUUUCUUUAUCUAAAAAUGCUUCUUCUAAUCCCAUUCUGUCUGAUAAGGAUGGGAAAGCUUUUGACAAAUUUUGGAAGAAAAUGUGUUCUGCAACUUUAACAUUCAGAAUCUUGUAAGCUUGUAUGGUAAAGUUUUUACUUCUGUCUUUUGAGAACAUGCACUAUUUAAUGGUUAACCCUGCCUCUUCUGAAGUGAAAAAUUCUUUGAAUGCCUCUUUAAUAUCUGCUUCUAAUGUAAUUGAACAUGCUUUAUAGUGUUCUUAUGAUGCUGCUGAUACUACCUCCAGAAAUGCUGUUUCUGUGUCAGUCAUAUGAAGAUUUGCUUGGCUUUGUUGUCAAAAUCUUCCUGAUGAUGUUGAAAUUGAAAAAUUUACCUUGGGCAAAUAAGCUUUAUUUGGCCUUUCUGCACCUGAGGCUUUCAAGAUGUGUUAUAAGAGAGGAAAGUUAAUUCAAGGGGUAACUCAAAUCUUUCAACCUUCCAUUUUUAAGGCAAGUAAAAAUUUCCUUUCCAAUGUAGCUCUCUUUUUAUAAAAAUCUGUUCAAGCAGCACAGACCCUCCAAACAGGAUUUAAAGUAUGAUGGCAUGUGGAAGCUCCAGAAAGAAAGUGAAUGCCUCUCAAAAUUAAGGACGGCCAAUCAAGUCAGAAUGAUUAUUUUCCUUUUCAGCUCCCCACCCUGGCAGUCUUCCCAUCUCUCUGUCUAUAUCUUCCUUUGUGGCACCAGAUUGCUUUGGACAAGUGGGUUCUAAAAGUAAUUCUUUUGGGGAGCACUUGGCAAUGUGAAUGCUUCCCUCCUUUCCAGAGUAUUCCUUUUUGCCCAGUAAACCAGAUCUGCCUGUUUCCUUCAGCUAUGCAUCAGAUGUUCAAAAUGUUAUCUCUUCAGUCCCUUUUACUUCCAGUGCCCAUAUAAGCAUUCAUGGUAAAAUUAGAUUUAAAACAUGUUUGCAAGUACAUUUUGUUUAAGUUUUAUUAUGUGGCUUACAUUAUUGGUUCUCUGUCCUUGGACUUUUCUGCUUCCUCAAAGGUGUUCACAAAGUGUCUGGCUCCAGUAAUUGUUAUUGCACUUCAAAUUAUUCACAUCUUUCCAUAUUUGAAUGAUUAUAGUUGUUAAGACUGUUUAGCAAGUGCUCAGAAUCAUCUUCUCAGUCUGAGUUUUCGAAGUCUUCUCUCAUUCCUUCUCACAGAAUAGCUUUCCUGGGGUGUUUGCUAGAGUCUUCCCUGAAAAGAGCUUUUCUUCCUCCAAAGUGGAGAUGUCUGAAAAUCCUUCCUGAGUUUUUCCAAAGUCAGACUUCUGCCAGGGAUUUUCUCAAGAUUCUGGAGUACAUGAUACUCAUGCUUCUCCUGGCCAUACUUCAUAACAGAAACAUCCAGUGGCACAAGUUAGUCUAGGCUUAGAAUCUUUAUCCUUUAUCUUUUUAGAUACCUGUUUUGAGGUUGAUAAGGGUGGUGAUUCUGUGGUGGGCAGACCAGAUCUUUAAUAAUCCAGGUCUUCCAUUUUUCUUUCCUACUAGCACAGGUCUCCAGGAUCCUUCUGUCUUGGGUACUGGAUGACCUGAUUUACUCUCCAGUCCAUGACAACAGAUGCAUCAGACUUGGCAUGGGGAGUGGCCCCCAAAGGAGUGAAAGUGCAAGUUCUGUGCAACCAACCCGACAGAAGCACAUAAAUGUCAGAGAGAUGAUGGCAGUGAUAAAUGCUUUGAAUGCCCUAAAUCACCUCUGGUCUCCAGAACCCUUUCAGGUUUUCACAGAUAACACCAUAGUACUGUGGUACAUAAAAUGGGGAGGUGUCAUUUCUUUGCAGACUUGCUUGGACAGCCUGGGAGAUAGCAACUCAGCUCAGUUUUGACUAUGCCAGCCAGCUUCAUACAUUCUGUCAGAGUAAGUCUUUGUAGUAGACAAGCUAAGCAGGACCAGGACAGACCAUUAAUUAGAUCUGUUUGCCUGCUGGCAGAACAGAAAACUAAAGAAAUUCUGUUCCAGGAUUCCUUGCAUUCAGGCUUUGAAGACAGAUACCUUCUCAUUCAUAUGGUUGGGAAUGUUCUUUUAUGCUUCUUCACACUGGUUCUUUUAAAGAUCCAGGACUUCUCUAAGAUUAUGGUAAUGACUCCAUUUUGGUCUAGACAAUAGUCUCACCCUUCUUUACAUACUGGUGAAAGGCAGUUACAAUUUUCCCCACAUACUGGAUUUACUAACCUAAGACAGGGGUUAUGUGAUGUACCCCAACCUGAAGAAGUUGACUGUAAGUGGAAAAAAGAUUUUCUUCUUGGUGUUACCUAAGAAACAGGGCCCUCUUCAGUUCAAGUUGCCAUUUCUGUUUGUCUGCCCUUAGAUCCUAUCUCUUUUUCUAUGCUCGAGUUAAACUGUUUUUGAAGGUGGUUUUGCAUAUCCAUCCACCUAACAGGUGAGUCCUCCCUGGGAUCUUAACUUUGUGCUUGAAAAGCUUAAUCUUUUUCCAUUGAAGCCAGCUCAUCAGGAAGAUUUAAAGUUCUUAACAUGGAAAACUGUAUUGCUCAUUCCGCUGACUUCUGUCAAGAGAGUAUUUACAUUACAAGUGCUUAUGACGAGUCAGCCCUACCUAAUUUUUCACAAGGAUCGGGUUUUUUUGAGAACUAAUCCUUUUGUGCCUGAAGUGAGUUUACCUUGAGCCAGUCUGAUCAUCUCCCUAUCAUUUUCACUGACCCCAAAAACAAUCAAGAAAACAUUCUUCACACUCGGGAUGUGCACUUGCAGCUCAGAUACUACCUAGACAAAACUCCGUCCUUCAGGAAAGCUGACCAGCUAUUUGUCUCCUUUGAAGGUAAGAGGAGAGGAUAACUAACAUCAAAGCAGACAAUUUCCAUAUGGUUGGUUGAUGCUAUUGAUUUUUUUAUUCUCAUUAUAAUCGGCUACAUCCAGACAAAGUUAAGGCCCAUUCCACCAGGACUUUGGCUUCUGUGGUGGCUUUAUGGGAAGUGGUAAAUUCUAGAAGUUUUGUAGAGACAGCAGCUUGGUUCUCAGUACAUACGACUACAGAGUACUACAAGUUGGAUUCCUUUUCCAGUUCCAGAACUGGCUUUACUAGGACCCAGUCUUCAUGGACUUCUAGAUUCUUAGUUUUCUCUUUUCCUCCUCCAUUCUUCAUUUAAUCCACCCAGAUAGCUUAAGUUAUUUCAACAAUGAUCUAAUGUUGAAGAUUGUAUAGUUGUGUAUGUAAACUUGCCAUAACAUUAGGUGCUCUAACAGGCCAUUGUUGCAGUAGAUGCCCCUCCUUCUAACUCUGUUAUUUUGUGUAUUGCCAGGGUGUAUAGCUUUGUGUAUAUAGUUACAGUUGUGCUACAUUUCCUGGUGUUUUCCUUUGAGGGCAAUUGCCCCCCCCCCUUGGAACUAGAAAGCUUUGAACUUUUUAAGCUCUGUCUUUUUAUAUGGAGCGCCUGUCAAGCUCCUGACAGACUGCAUGGAGGGCACCCUUUAGCUUUGAAAGCUGUCUGGUUGCAGUGAGGUAAAACCCAAAUAGCUUAGGCUAUUGCACCAAUUAUCUAUUAGAAUAGCUAAUGUUAAGUUUACUCAAACAACUGUACUUUUCCACAUGUUCAAACAAGGCAUCCAGACUGUAUAUCAGUAGCUUUGAGAUACAGUUUUUGUGUGUACUGUCUUGACUGGCUUAGUGAACUACAGAAUGAUUAUCAUCCAAGUGACCAGCAGAUCUGUAAUGUGCUGCUUCACUGAGUAGUUAAGGAAUUAAUGACCAUUUUCCAUUGUAAGGAAUCCUUCAUAUUUUGGAAGCAUCAAGUAGAAAAUAUAAACAUCUUUCUUUUGGGUUUGUUUUGUGAUAGGGUAAGUAGAUUGCUACAGGACCUUUUUCAGCCCUAACCCACAGUGUUUGAUAAAAACCAUGGAAUUCAAAUUUCAAAUCACUAAGAAAUUUUUUCACUUAAUAUAUAAUAAAGUAUACAGAUAACUUAGGUGUACAAUAAAAAGGAUCUACUUUAGAUUGACAAAGUCAAAAUGUCGAACGCUGACAUGAGUGUAAAUGCAGGAAGUCAAUGUCUAUUUUUUUUGGAUCGCAGUACUGUGUGGAUUGCAAUAUUUGCCUUUUCCUCACUGUAGUGCGAGCUCUGAGUUGGAAUAUAUAUUUAGCGGGGGGUGCAAUUUCAAAUUUCUGCAUUUACGCUCAUGUGAGCGUUCGACAUAUUGAUGUUUCGUCUCUAUAAUAGAGACCCAAUAAAGAUGGCUGGAAUAAUGUCUAAAAGGAAUGUAAGAGAGUUAAGUACUUGCAGGUAUACGAGAUUUCAUUUGUAAUCAGACAGAGAUAAAGUUUUGGGAGGACUAGGUCUAUAAAUAGUGAUAAACCAACAUAAAUAACAACCAUGGUGAAUAAUGCAGUAGACUUAAAACUGUUAACAUUCUCCAACCUUAUACCUCCAUUAAAGGCAGUAAGAGCUGUAUAUGGAAGAGUGACCUUUAUCGUUGGAAAUGGUAAAGGCCGAGCCAGAAAUAAUCAAUGUGUGGUGCAUUACAUGCUAGAGGGCCAGCACAGAAAUAAAAUGCCAAUAAAAAUAGUUUCUCUCCGUGUCUAGAUUUGGUUGAGUUUCUUUUACUGCGUAGAACUAUUCAGUAGUGUGUGUUUUUUUCCAUCCCUCUGCAGCACAUUUUUUUUCUGCUGUGCAAACAUUGAGAAACCAACUGUUUAUGCUGGAUUGAAUUUAAACUUUUAUUAGAAGUCAUUUUUUGUAAUAAUUUCCGGUGAACAAUUUUUUCCCUUGAAAAUUGUAGUCCCCAAGCAUAGGAGGAUAUACCUAAAAUUGGCUUCUUCAUGGUGGAUUGCUUCACCCUUACUGCUGCUUUUAUAAUUUAAGCCAAACUUCUUGUCCACUGAUGUGAUUUGAAAUAGAGCUAUCACACUUGCUGACACUAUUUAGGACUGAUGAUAGCUUGUGCUGUGAUCUCAGCCAGAAAAAAAUAGUCCAGCUGAGAGCAUAACCUCUGCUGAUAUACAUAUAAUUUCUUUUAUCCAUUUCUUUUCCAUCAGUAAUUAGUUUCAUUUUUGUCAUGAAACCUUACUGUUUGCCAUUUGUGGGAUUAUUUGUAAGAACUCUUGUAAACUCUUUGAGCUGUUACUCUAUGUGCAAAAGCUGUUUGAACAUGGAAGAUUUUCUUGUGUAAUUUGAAGUUAUCACCUAAAGGUUUUCACGUGUGCUCUGUACUUGGCAUGUCUUAGAUUAGUAGGUGAUGCCAUCAAAUAUGGAGGAACAUUGUUUCAAAGUCUGCAGUAAAGACGCACAAAAGAAACUAGGAGCAUUCCAAGUCAAUAGCAACUAGAUACUUCUUCAUGUGCUGACUAUAACUUUCAGUGGUCCACUGUUUUUGUGGUUCUCACUUUUCCAGAUUCACCUCAGAAUUUCCUUACACUAAGGCAUUCCUAUGUGCAUGCAGUCGGCAUUAAUAUUUUUUAUACAUGGCUGACCCCCAGCCUUACCUUCACUGGUUCGUUCUGCUUCCAUCACUUAAAGUGUAGUGUACAAGAAGUUCAGGUACUAUGUACACAAUAUCCUCUCAUCAUGGUACGCAUGUUUGAUGGUGACUAACACCAGUUGAUGUCAGUCCCUGCACCCUUGAUUCCCACUUUAAGUGACAUUUCCCUUUAGCAGUUUCAUACUGUGGACAGUGAUGGUAAUUAGAAAAAAAAAUAGUCUUCCUCUGACAGAAGAACUCACCCUUUCUUUGCUGUUGCUCUUCCAGUUUAGAUUUUUGCCCUGACACACAUUGAUGAAAAGUUGCCAUUUCCAAUGCCUAAACCUAAAGGACUAAAUAUCAGUGUGUCUGUAAGCUAAUUAGCCAGGACCUGCACUAGCAUCAAGCACACCAUGUUGACCACUUGCUUGAUGAUGGGUAGUAGACUGUUGUGUCAGCCAUCCAAAAGUCCAGCAUACUCGAAGAGCAGAUGGCACAAGUUGGACAGGUUCUCCAGGUUUUCUCAUGACAGAGCUCACAGAUCAGAGACAGGAGCUUAAAUUGCAGGUGUGUGCAUGCAUCUUAGGGAGCAUGGUCCUGUUCCUGGUGCUGGCAUGGAGCUUGUUACAGGUCUGUCAUGCAUUCACUGUAUCUUUGACAGAUGCACCUCCACCUACUGAAUUUCAAUGUUUUAUCCCCAAGAAUGUGUCAAUCACAUGCUUGCUCAUGAGUUUUUCCAUGGAGCUGAUGGAGGCAGGGGAAUUCCUUCCUCUUCAAGAUCCUUUGAGAAGUCUGAGGACCCAUAGAUAAUUAUUUCCAAGUAAGAUAAGAGCAGAGAUUCCUCGGCUCUCAGAAUCUCCAUCUAGCUGACCAUAACCUCAAAGAUGCCUUUAGGCUUAUGUAGGCCUCCAUAGAUUGACCUGCCCCCAUGCAUGCAUAAAUGCAAAUCUACAAAGGAAGAAGGAGCUUCUCAUCAUCUGUUCACUAAGCUGGUCAUCAAGGAUGCCAUAUUUGCAACCUAGAACUACAAAGACUGUGCUGCUAUGGCCCCAAGAAGACUAAUACUGUAUGUAGGACUCCAGCUGAUUGGAGUGUAUUCAUAACUGUGUAUCCUCAGACUCUUUUCUGAUAACUUUUGUCAAGUAUAGAGCACAAAAAACACAGCAGUUUGCCUCCUUGCCACUAGAUAAUGGGUGUAAAUCCUUGAACAAGUUUAACAAGAGAAUUUAUUUCUCUGCUACUUUGGGGCUUAAAGUCCACAGUGAGCCAGCUUUUCUGUCCACAUUCUAGUUCUUCCCAGUGGUGCAGGCAAUGGAAAAGUUUUUCUUUCUGUCUGAAUUUAGGUUUAAAGAUGAUGUGAUAAAGACCUUGCCUGCAGUUUCUACACUGUACGUCCUUGUCAUCUGCUGCAUUUUUAAUAGUACUGAUUUUGAUAGGGCUGCAGGCUCUGACUUGGGCUGUGCACUUGAUGGUUUGGUUUGGCUGCAGCUGGCCUUCCAGAAAGAGAUGCACAGAAGCUAUGUUAUAGAUGUUUAGUUGAAGAGGGAAGGUCUUUUCAGCUAUCCUUUUCAGUAUCUUUUGAAUGACCUUAGAGGCAGUGUAUCUUAACUUCUUUGAAGGCCUUUUAUGAUUCCCUUUCAGACCCCUGUACGGCUUCUUCUUCUUCUUGACUGGAACAUCCCUGAAGAGGACAAAGCCUCCUUCUAGACCAGCUGGAUGACUUGUCAGUCAAAUGGUCAUGUUUCUGACUCUCAUCUGAGGUUGAUCAUGGAUGGAUGGUUCUCUGUGUUUACUGUGAAUUGAAGAGCCAUCACAUAGGAUUAGUGGGUGCUGUAUAUGACCACUGUAGGCCAUGUCUUAGAGCUUUUGGGUUCCCCCCCUAGAAACAACUACACUAGGAGACCAACUUGUCUCUUCAAAGCUCUUGAGAUCAACCCUGACUUUACUCUUCAUAUAGGCUGUAGGGGGGUCUCCCUCCCUUGAAACAGUGGAGUGUGUUCUACUCCAUUUUUAAGAUGGACAAAUUCUGUCCCAUUCUGUUCCUCAGUGAUGUCAACAAGCACAAAUACCUCAGGGUCUGGAUAUUGACCCAUCAUGGUGUCAUACUUCUGUUGUCAGAGUGCUUGGAUGGUGUCAUUGGACAUGAUUGAAUGCUUUUUGGCAUAGCAGUGUCUUGGAUCCCAAUAAGAGUUGCCUUCAGCUUGGUUUGCAUUAGUGCAACUUUCAGUACAGAGUGCUGGGGUUUGGACUUUGCAUCCAGAAUGCUUACCAGAAUGUUAGCUAUGCUGGCCAAAAUCUUGUGGGAUAAGAGCUUCUAUGUGUUCCUGUACCUGGAUGACUGCAUCUUGAUGGCUUUGAGUGACUUUCUUGCAGCAUUCGUACAGUUUGCAGUACCCUGUGUGCAGUCUCUCUAUAGGUUGCCAUAAACUGGAAGAAAGUGCUCCCUGAUCCCAUCUCAGAGGACUAUCUUCAUUGUUGUGAAGCUGGACAUUCACCAGUAUCAGUUACUCUUGCUGUGGAACUUGGAUAUCAGGGUGGGGAUAAACUAGAGAGCCAACUCCAAAAAUGUUUCUAUCUUCUGGGCCUCUUGGCCUCCACAAUCUUAAUGGUGCCAUUUGCACACUUAAGAACGUAAGUAUAGCCUCUGGGGUGCCAGUAGCUGCUGAGCUACUAUUUUCUCAGAGGUCUUUUUCUGCUAUUAGAGCAUUGUUGCGGGACACUAGAAAAUUAGACUGUCCCCAUAAGUCUCCCAUUCCUGUAGUUGAAUCCAUGCUAGGUCCUGAUGAGAAACACUUUACUGUUAGGUUGGGUAGCCUACACUAACUUUUCAAAGAUUCAAGAAAAAUGGUCUCUCUUGGACAACGGCUUCAUGUCAGCCACAGGGAGUAGUUCUUCUGGCCGUGAAGACCUUGAAGACAAAAACGGUUUCUAUAGCCCCCUCCCCAUAACAAUCACUUUAUUAUGCCUUAUCUAAACCAAGCAAGUGGACAUGCAGUCAUAGCUCUUAUAAAGGGAGGGGGAGAAGUGCAUGUCUGGCAGUAGCCCACCACAGACAGAGACAUUAGUUUUCCAGUAGUUGACUGCACAGGCAAAGCAAGUAUGCAGACAGACUCCCUUAGCUGGUUCUGCAUUUCUCAGCUUGAGUUGCAAAUGUAGAAGCCAGGCCUGGUUUAGAUAUCCUACAAGGAGGAGUUCACAGUGGAUAGAUAUUCCAUCCAAUGGCUUGCCAGAUUCCAGUGUGUAUUCUUCCUUCCUUUCCAAUUGAUUCCAUUCCUAUCACAGAGUUCAGGGAAGAAAGACUAAACCUAACGUUCAUAACCUCAUGAUGUAUUAGAAGAGUGUGGGUCAGGCUUUAAUGUUCUUGGUAAAUACAGGAAGCUGUCCUAGUCCUAGCCAGAAGUGUUCUCCAUUUGGAUUGCCAUCAGAUUACACCUCAUGUUCCAGCUCCUGAUGUCGACCGUUUGACCUUCAUCAGAUCUCUUGGCUGGCUAGUCAGAAGUGAUUAAGGCUACCAGGAAGCAUUCAUCUCAACAAAUGUGUAUCCCAGUGAAAUAGGUUUUCCAUUUGUGUGGAACAAUACCCAGUUUCUCAAUUUAUAUGUUAUCCUGACUUACCAGCCAACGUUUGUAUAAUUUGAGCUUCAGAUGUUCUGUGGUCAGGGUGCAUUUGUAAGUAUUUCUGCCUGUCUUGACCUUGGAGAUGGCAGGUUUCUGGCCCACCACUAACUUGUCAAGCAGUUCAUUAAAAGAAUUCUGCAUGUGUUCCCACCAUUAAAAUAACCCUACCCAUUUAAGAUAUGAGUUUUAUGACUGACAGUCUUGGCUGUAUUUCUUUUGAAGCUUAGUUGUUUGGUGGCACUGAAUUUAUAUAUUGAAAAUUGCUUUUCCUGAUGGCCAUCACCUCUCUUUGCAGUAUUGCUGAGCUGUAAGCUGUUAUGUUUAGGAAAUCUGAUCCUUCACGUGGAUUGUGAGUCCCAUAGGAUAAACCCCAUGUGAUCUGUAAAACUGAUCCAGAGGUGUGAAUUGACCCUGAAGUAGUCCAUUCAUCUCUUUGUCUCUUUGUUUGGAGGAAACCAAAGGGGAAAAAAAAAAAAAAAAAAAGAGUCCUCCACAUCCUGGAUAUAGAGUUUUAGCUCAGUUUUUCCCUGAAGUUGCUACAUGAGUUUAGAAAGAGAAAACAGCUGUCCUUCUCCUUUGCUCUAGGGAGGGAAGGACUAGCAGUCACUGAGCAAUCCCUUUCUAAGUGGACUUUCAUUUAUAUUGUCUUUUCCUAUCAAGCAACUCACCAUCCAUUGGAAGAUCUUACAGUCAAAUGCCAUUCACCAGAAGAAUGCCUACUUCUGGUGUUUACGUCUAAUGUUAUCUUAACUUUCUUUUGAAUGUCUUUACUUCAGGACAAAGCCUUCUAAUUCUUGACUUUGUCUUUCCUGCAGCUUCUACCUGAGAUUCAGGCCAAUUGUAAGACCCACAAAGAUGGGUUCCUGUUAGUUCAUCUGCAAGUGCACCCUGUUUCAUGGCUCAUCCAUACAGUCCCACCCCCCCCUUGUAACUGGAUGGCCCCUCAAUUCUGCUUCAGGUGUUGCCAGUUCCCAACAAUGUUGACAUUUAUUUACUUUAUUACUUUAUAAAGGUUCAGUACCAGAUCUUCACUGUUCUUACAUUGUAUGAAGAUGUGUGCUCAUUGUUUAUGGUAAACUGGCAGGCUCAGAGACUGGUAUUAGUCUUAUAGCCAACAUAUGACAUCACACUUUGCAUCAGCAUGGAACAUGCAUGCUUACAAAUAAGAGCUGUUCAAAGAAAAAUGCUGAAGUAAAUACUAGGCAAGAGUAGACCACUUUUAGGAUCUGCCAAGGAGAGGCUCCUCAUCGAUCAGCUGAUGCAAUAAUAUAUAUAUAUAUAUAUAUAUAUAUAUAUAUAUAUAUAUAUAUAUAUAUAUAUAUAUAUCUGUAAUUUAUUCAGGGAAUAGACUUGCCUGGCAGCCAUUGAUCUGGCCGAGAACUGCCUAUGGAAAGACUGAGUCCACAUCCAGACUGCAGGAAGAAAUGCCAGCUCAAACUGUUAUUUUUGUGCCAUGCCACCCAGCUGCAUCCAGCUUUGCUCUGUAUAUGGACAUUUUUCUUAAAAAAGUAAUUAUUCAUGCAGUUUUCUGACAAUGGUCCUUUUUAUUUAAAAGUGCAUAUUUCUGUUUAAUCUGUAAAUAUUUAAAAUGCGGCCAUUGUGACAGACAACUGAAAGAUACAAGAUGCAGUCUUUUAAUAAAUAUUUAAUGUGGUUAUUUCUUGUAAACUGAUAUUGCCGGAAGGUUUGAUUUGUGUUGGUCUUACAUAGGCUGAAGCUAAUUUUACUUGGUUUAUGUUUUUUGGAUAUUUUCAGUGCAUGUCAUACCCAUGUAGACAAAAAAAAAAAAAAACCUUGUCAAACUGUGUUAAAAUAAUCUUUUUGUGAUAGGCUUCUGUGACAUUUUCAUUUCAUGAUAUUUUCUGCUCUUAGUCUUCAUCUUGCAGAGCUUUGAAUAGGGAGUAGAGUCUCUUAAACAUGGGACAUAGUUUAAUUUAUGCUGCCUUAAAGUUCAUUAUGUAUUAAGAAUAAACAUUUGCAUGGAUUUGUUUUGUGUUUUUACUCCAACCAGAAUAAAGCUGAAUUUGGCAGACUUU